AUGCUACCUGAACAGCACGGUCGAGCCAGUCUGCAAGUGGCUCCCCUCGACCUGGCCAAGAGUUGCUCUCCGUCGGCAGUCAAUGGCCCUUAUCAGGUGCACGGCAACUCUUCGCAAUCCGCACAAAUGACACCUCCCGCUACUCCCAACGGCUCGCAGGAGGACCUUUCGCCUGAAGCACCUCCCAUCUUCCACAACUUCCUCAGGGCUUUCUACCCCUUCCAGCCGAGCCAUGCCGCUACCGAAUGCAGCGUCACUCUGCCUCUAGAGGAGGGUGAUGUUAUCCUGGUUCAUUCUAUUCACACCAAUGGUUGGGCGGACGGCACCUUGCUGGUCUCUGGCGCUCGCGGCUGGCUCCCCACCAAUUACUGCGAAGCCUACGAACCCGAUGACAUGCGUGCCCUCCUCAAGUCUCUGCUCAACUUUUGGGAUUUGCUACGAAGCACCUCGGUCGACGACAGCGAACUCUUCAGAAAUCAAGAGUUUAUGAAGGGCAUUAUCGCUGGUGUCCGGUUUCUCUUGGAACGCACAAACUGCUUAAAUAGAGAGUCUGUCACAGUUCAGCGCAACGAUUCUCUGCGAAAAUGUCGAAAAUCGCUACUGGCCGAACUUUCCUUGCUGGUAAAGACAGCCAAGCGUCUGCAGGAUUCCCAGCGCCAAUACCCAGCCGAGGACGUUAAUGACGUCGUCGAUGAAAUGAUUCUCAAGGCCUUCCGCAUUGUCAACAAGGGUGUCCGCUUUCUUGAUGUGCUCGAGGAGGAUCGAAGAGCACGCGCCCCUGCGUCCGUCACCGUCAUGGCCACAGUUCAGGAAGAGUCAUAUGUGCCCCCGACACCGCCAGCAGAGAGGGCCAUCUUCGAAGAGCAGCGAGGCGAGACUGCAUCCGAGGCUGGUUCACGAGCCCUCACAGAUGACACGAGUGCCAGCGUAGCAAAUUCCGACCUGAGUGAAGCAAUUCACGCCUCACAAGCCCAAUGGAACCAGCGCCAGUCGUCUCUCAACCAAGCUCCCACCCCCGCCAACCACAGAGCGUCCCAAGGCAGCAUCUCACAAAAUCGAUCUUCUGCUACAUUUGCCCACCGCGUUUCCCUGGCCGGGCCUUCUCCUCAUUCACGCCCUGGUCACCUGAUCUCCGAACGACUCAACUGCAAGCACGAUAGAUUCCUCUCUCACCUUGGUUCUUUCAUUGGAAGACUGCACUGGCACUCACCUUCCCGCAUGGAGUUGUCCGAGUCUGUUGGCCAGUCAGUCUCGUCGGCGGGUGAGCUUCUCACAGUUUUUGAUGGCAUUCUGGCACAUUGCAAUGUAUCCCCCCCUGCUCUACAGCUAUCGCGAGCUGCCUUUCUCGACCGUUCACAUGGGCUGGUCUUCUCGGCGAGGGACAUUCUGGUCCGUGCCGCGUCUCAAGACGCCGAUGUCAUAACCUCUGACGAUACUUCUAUUCUACUUGGCUCCGCUACAGACUGUGUCAAGGCUGCUGGAGAAUGUGUGGCCAAGGCAAAGGCGACGAUUGAACGAAUCGGUGACUUUGAGUACGACCUUGAUGGCAGUGCUCUUGAUAUUGACCUAUCUAUACUGAAUGUGGUUCCUCAUGAACGCUCGCGCACGCCUUCCGCAGCUGAGCCAUGUCCUUCCGAAGCUGUCAGCGCUGCUGACUCUAUGCAAACCACUGAUUCAUACAUACCUGUCCGUCGGGAAUCUCUCAACCCCCUCAACAACAACUCUCAGAACAACCUCGCUUCCUCUCACACCACUGGCACCAAGAGUGGCUCGCCAACUUCUUCUCGACCAUCAUCUGCGAAAUCCACGACUGAGGACGGCCCCAACUCUACGGCCUUUGCGAGGCGCCCCAGUCUUCCCCCGUUGCCAAAGCUGACCACAACUUUGCUACCUCCCGACGCCCAUCACCAUCUUGACGGCUCCGCACGCGAAAGUGACAGCCACUCUGCCCGAUUCGAUGCGGUUGCAGCUUCCAGCGCUGGCAGUAGCACCACUUACCUAAGCAGAGACUCGGAGGCGAGUAUGAUUUCGCAAACAUCGACGAGAGCUACAACACCGGACCACAGCUUGGCUCCUCGAGCCAAACAGUCCAUCUCCGACAUUAGCUCUGCCAGCACGGCGAUGGCUGACGAAGCAGAUGUGGAGUCUCGACUUCUCGAAAAGACGUUUGCUCACGAGUUGAUGUUCAACAAGGAAGGACAGGUUACCGGCGGUUCCCUGCCCGCCUUGGUUGAGCGCCUGACAACACACGAGUCUACUCCCGAUGCCACUUUUGUGUCAACCUUCUUUCUCACUUUUCGUCUCUUUUGUACGCCCAUGAAGCUCACAAAAGCUUUGGUCGAACGCUUCGACUACGUGGCCGACGCUCCCCAUAUGGCUGGGCCCGUGCGUCUGAGAGUAUAUAAUGCUUUCAAGGGCUGGCUGGAGUCGCAUUGGAGGGACUCGACUGACCGCGACGCGCUCAAGGUCAUUAUGCCGUUUGCUGAGGGCAAGCUGGCCGCAGUUCUGCCGUCUGCUGGACGAAGGCUACUGGAGCUAGCGAUGAAGGUCUCUGGUCAAGGCUCUUUGGUCCCUCGCCUCGUCUCCUCCAUCGGCAAGACCAACACCGCCAUCGGGCAGUACAUUCCCGCCGAGACGCCGCUGCCGUCGCCUGCUGUUUCGAAGCACCAGCAACAUCUUCUCAACGCCUUCAAGGCUGGCAAUGCUACUCCGACCAUUCUCGACUUUGAGCCUGUCGAACUGGCCCGCCAAAUUACGCUCAAACAAAUGAACAUAUUCUGCGCUAUCAUGCCGGAAGAGCUGCUGGGCUCUCAGUGGAUGAAGAAAGGCGGCGCUGAGGCGCCCAACGUCAAGGCCAUGUCAUCUCUCUCGACGGACCUGUCAAACUUGGUCGCUGAUACGAUUCUUGAACAUCGCGAGAUCAAGAAGCGCGCUACUAUCAUCAAGCACUGGAUCAAAAUCGCCCACCGAUGCCUGGAGCUGCAUAAUUACGAUGGCCUAAUGGCAAUUAUCUGCAGCCUUAACAGCAGUACUAUCAAUCGUCUACGGAAGACCUGGGACGCCGUUUCGCCGAAGCGCAAGGAUUUGCUCCGCACACUGCAAGAAAUAGUCGAGCCCUCUCAGAACAACAAGGUCCUUCGCACGAGACUUCACGAUCACGUACCACCUUGCCUGCCGUUUCUGGGCAUGUACCUCACGGAUCUCACGUUUGUGGACAUUGGCAACCCUGCUACCAAACAGAUGUCGCUUGGUACCGAGGGCCCAGAGGAUGGUACUGGGGGCCUGACGGUUGUGAACUUUGACAAGCACACUCGCACGGCUAAGAUCAUUGGCGAGUUGCAGCGUUUUCAGAUCCCAUAUCGUCUGACAGAACUCCCUGAUAUGCAAGACUGGGUCACGGCGGAGAUUGGUCGCGUCCGCCAAAAUGACCAAGGCAACGUUCAGGUCAGCUACUACCGCAAGAGUCUGCUUCUCGAGCCUCGCGAGGUGCGCAAGGACGUAGAGCCACCGACCCCUGUCACCACCACUGGCGCUGUUCGCGGCGAUCUCUUUGGCUGGAUGACCCGCGACAGAAACCACCACAACGCUACGCCGGCACAGGUAUAA